AUGGACACUUCUCAACGCGUGGCAGCUCAGAACCGCUUCGAGCCUCUCGACAUCGCGGCCAAGAAUACUACCAAUAUUCUUACCCAUCGGAACAUUCGCCAUGGCUUCAUCGGCGGAUAUGCAACCUCUUUGCUCGGUGGCUCCAGAAUGACAAUUGACAUCGAUAUCAUCGUUGAUGAGGAUCCAAGAGACGUCCGGAACCUCCUCCUCAGUGCUCACUCGGGGUUUCGACUGUCUGACUGUGCCAAGCGUGUUUUUGAAGUCGCAGAGGGCCAGAGUGUUGAGGUUGAGCUUUUGCAGGGUGGAAGCCGGUCAUUGAAACUGCCCGACGCCAGCACGGUUUCCAUCCUCACUAUUGCGGGCAACCACCAACAAGGACGCCUCACUGACGAGCAAAGUUUGUUUCUCGUUGUGUUCCAAGUGAGAUGA